GCUCUAUAAACCACCUCCGCCAAGACGACGACGAUCUCAACAACCGCCGCUGACUCAACCUGAAAUCUCCUCCUCCCCCGCCGCAGCCGCAGCCGCCGCCAUGUAUCCGCCGCAUCGAGCUCAUCGUCCUUUCGGCUUCCCGCCGGCGGAAUCCACCGUUCUCCCUGACCCGUCCCAUUUCUUCGCCCCUCACCUUCUCUCCAGCCCUCUCCCCACGAAUUCCUUCUUCCAGAACUUUGUUCUCAAGAAUGGCGAUCAACCCGAAUACAUUCACCCAUAUCUCGUCAGGUCAUCCCAAUCCUCGCUCGCUCUCUGCUACCCGUCUCAGUUCCGAAACUCUGCUUUCACCUACCAGAUUUUCAAUCCGGAUCUCACCGUGUCCGCUUUGAACAAUCCGGACCCUAAUGCGACCCAUGUGGUUUCAUCGUUCAACGAUCUCAGUCUCACGCUGGACCUUCCCUCCGCAAAUCUCCGGUUCUUUCUUGUCAGGGGAAGCCCCUUCUUGACCUGUGAAGUGAUCAGCAAUGUCGCGAUCUCAAUCUCAACUAUCCACGCCAUUCUAGAAUGUUCGUCCAAUGAAUCUCAAACCAAACACACAAUUAAGCUCGAUAACGACCAGACUUGGCUUCUCUACGCCUCUUCGCCCAUCAAUUUCCGGAACGAUCGCUCCACCAUCACAUCCGGUGAGUUUCGUGGUCUGAUUAGGAUUGCUCUGUUGCCAAACUCCGAUCCGGUUGGCGAAUCGUUUCUCGCCCGGUUUAGUUCUUGUUAUCCGGUUGCAGGCGAAGCCGUUUUUUCCAAGCCAUUUUGCUUGGAGUAUAAGUGGGAUAAAAGGGGAUGGGGAGAUCUGCUCAUGCUUGCACAUCCCCUUCACCUCCGGCUUCUUUCCGACGCUAAUUGCGGAUUAACUGUUUUGGAUAACUUCAAGUAUACCGGCAUUGAUGGUGAUCUAGUAGGUGUUGUUGGGGAGUCGUGGGUUCUGAAAUCUGACCCGAUUUCAGUGACGUGGCACUCCGUUAAAGGCACAAGUGAGGAAUCACACGCAGAGAUAAUCGCUGCACUGGAAGCAGAUGUUCUUGCUCUUAAUGCUGCAAAUAUACAGACUUCGUCAUCUUACUUUUAUGCUAAACUGAUUGCAAGAGCAGCAAGGCUAGCUUUGAUAGCAGAAGAGGUGUGUCACCUUGACGUUAUCCCAGCUAUCCGGGAUUUCUUGAAGGACACAAUUCAGCCUUGGUUGGAUGGGACUUUCAGGGCAAACGGGUUCCUCUACGAUUCCAAAUGGGGCGGGCUUGUGACGAAACAAGGCUUAAACGAUUCAGGAGCUGAUUUUGGGUUCGGGAUCUUUAACGACCACCAUUUCCACAUCGGAUAUUUUAUUUACGCGAUCGCCGUGCUAUCCAAGCUCGAUUACACAUGGGGGAGGAAGUACAAGGGGCAAGCGUACUCUCUUAUUGCAGAUUUUAUGAAUCUAACCAAACGAGAGAAUUCAGAUUACCCGCGGGUGAGGUGUUUCGACUUGUGGAAGCUCCACUCUUGGGCAGGAGGGUUGACUGAAUUUGCAGAUGGGCGAAACCAGGAGAGCACGAGCGAGGCAAUAAAUGCUUACUAUUCCGCAGCUUUGAUAGGUCUGGUUCACGGGGACACCCAUCUUGUAUCAGUCGGAUCCACACUUUCUGCACUGGAGAUUCAAUCAGCCCAAACUUGGUGGCAUGUGAGUGAGGACAAUGACAUAUACCCCAAAGAAUUCACAAGGGAGAACCGCGUGGUGGGCGUUCUGUGGGCUAACAAAAGAGACAGCAGUCUAUGGUUUGCUCCGCCCGAAUGGAAAGAGUGCAGGCUGGGGAUACAACUUCUUCCUAUAUUGCCAAUAAGUGAAGUUCUAUUCUCAAAUGUUGGAUUUGUGAAGCAACUUGUGGAGUGGACUUUGCCUGCUCUAGCAAGGGCUGGGGUGGGAGAAGGGUGGAAGGGGUUUGUCUAUGCGUUAGAAGGUAUUUAUGAUAAAGCGGGGGCGUUGAGGAAGGUAAGGGAGUUGAAAGGAUAUGAUGAUGGGAACUCAUUGACAAACCUUCUAUGGUGGAUUCACAGUAGAGGGAAUGAUGUUGAGGGAUGUGAUAAACUCAGCUGGUUCCAUCACUAUUACCAUUGAGUUUAUUUGGUUGAUGUAAAGUUAUGCAAUAUACUCAUAUGCAGUGUAUUCCUUAUACUAUAUUGCUGGUGGCCCUUUGAUGGCCAACAAUCUCUCCAUGUAAAGAUCAAAGUAUUUCCCACACGAACCAUUUUCAUUAAUACUAUGAUAGA